CAGUGACUGCGGAGGGUUUGUCCUAUCAGGAGAGCCAGGAUGCUCUGCGGCUCCGGGAGGUGGGUGGGGCCAGCAUUAGUACUUCCGGCUUGGCUUCGGCCGCCCCUCAACUCCUCUCCUAACCCCCACCCCCUCCGCCUCCUCGUCUCCCUCCCGCUCCUGGGAAAGCGAAGCCGUCGCUUUAAGGGUGGCUGAGAGAAGCACUCGGCGUCUUGGGGAGGGGACCGCGCCCGCCCCCUUGGAACCUUGGAGCGCGGCCGAUACAGGAGGACAGGUGUGAGGCCAGUGCUCUUUUGACUCAAUGGGACUGAAUGGGUUACAAAACGUCCUCCUGUGCUUGAGACCUACAGACUACAUGUUCUUCAAGAAUUCAUCAGUGGUUUUUCAUCUUCUGGUAGUACACUAGAAGCAUAAAUAUGGUGCCAAAACUCAUUCUCAUUCUCUGACUGCAGUUGGUUUGGACAUACUUCUGUGUUGAAGAGAAGUAUACACACUGAGGCCACUCAUUGUUCAGAGACUGUCGUGUAGGAUCAUGGACCAUUCUAACAGGGAAAAAGAUGACAGACAACGGACAACUAAAACCAUGGCACAAAGGAAUACACACUGUUCCCGACCAUCUGGCACCUCAGCAUCGUCUGGAGUUCUCAUGGUGGGACCCAACUUCAGGGUUGGCAAGAAGAUAGGGUGUGGGAACUUUGGAGAGCUGAGAUUAGGUAAAAAUCUCUACACCAAUGAAUAUGUAGCCAUUAAACUGGAACCAAUAAAAUCACGUGCUCCACAACUUCAUUUAGAGUACAGAUUUUAUAAACAGCUUGGCAGUACAGGUGAAGGUCUCCCACAGGUAUAUUAUUUUGGACCAUGUGGAAAGUACAAUGCCAUGGUGCUGGAGCUCCUUGGCCCUAGCUUGGAGGACUUAUUUGACCUCUGUGACCGAACGUUUACUUUGAAGACGGUGUUAAUGAUAGCCAUCCAGCUGCUUUCUCGAAUGGAGUAUGUACACUCAAAGAAUCUUAUUUACCGAGAUGUCAAACCAGAGAACUUCUUGAUUGGCCGACAAGGCAAUAAGAAAGAGCAUGUAAUACACAUAAUAGAUUUUGGACUGGCCAAGGAAUACAUUGAUCCUGAAACCAAAAAACACAUACCUUACAGAGAGCACAAAAGCUUAACUGGAACGGCACGAUACAUGUCUAUCAACACACAUCUGGGCAAAGAGCAAAGCCGGCGAGAUGAUUUGGAAGCCCUGGGCCAUAUGUUCAUGUACUUCCUCCGAGGCAGCCUACCCUGGCAAGGACUCAAGGCUGAUACAUUAAAAGAGAGAUAUCAAAAAAUUGGUGAUACCAAAAGGAAUACUCCCAUCGAAGCUCUCUGUGAGAACUUUCCAGAGGAGAUGGCAACCUACCUUCGGUAUGUCAGGCGAUUAGACUUCUUUGAAAAGCCUGAUUAUGAGUAUUUACGGACCCUCUUCACCGAUUUGUUUGAACGGAAAGGCUACACCUUUGACUAUGCCUAUGAUUGGGUUGGAAGGCCUAUUCCUACUCCAGUAGGAUCGGUUCAUGUCGAUUCUGGUGCAUCCGCAAUAACUCGAGAAAGCCACACGCACAGGGAUCGGCCAUCACAACAACAGCCUCUUCGAAAUCAGACUGCAUCAUCAGAGCGCCGAGGAGAGUGGGAAAUCCAGCCCAGCCGGCAGACCAAUACCUCAUACCUGACGUCUCACUUGGCCGCAGACCGCCAUGGGGGUUCAGUACAGGUGGUUAGCUCAACCAAUGGAGAGCUGAAUGUUGAUGACCCCACUGGAGCUCACUCAAAUGCACCAAUCACAGCUCAUGCCGAGGUGGAGGUAGUGGAGGAAGCUAAGUGCUGCUGUUUCUUUAAGAGGAAAAGGAAGAAGACUGCUCAGCGACACAAGUGACCAGUGCCUCCCAGGAGUCCUCAAGUCCUGGGGACUCUGGCUCCAAUUGCACCUGCAGCUCCUGCCAUUUCUCAUUGGAAAGGACUCCUCUGUGGGGGAGGGUGGAGAUCCAAACCAAAAAGAAGACGACGGAUGCCCCCAGAAGGAGCCAGUGCAGGCAGCCAAGUGGGCCAGUGGCGAUGCCUCUGGCUGAGCUCUGAGCGGGUCCAGAGCUGCUGCUUCUCCACUGCUUGCCCUGGGCUCUCUGGUCGACUCUCCUCCCAUUGUUUACAGUGAAGGUGUCAUUCACAAAAACUCAAGGACUACUGUUCUCUUCCUCCUCUCCCUAAAUUUACUCCUGGUUCUACACCACCCUCAACCCUCUCCAGCAUAAGAACUACUAAGUUAAAGGCUCUAUCAAGAAGCUGGUGGUGUGGUCAGGGAGGCGGGGCAAGAUGACAGCCCUGGGCUGGAGGACUUCUCCACUUCCCAGGUGUGUCUGCAAAUAUGGCUUCCUCUCCCUCUGUGCCUGGGCGACCCCCAGCCCAGCUGGCCACAGGGUUCAGGUCCCUCCCAACCUCCCUCCCUCCCUCCCUCCCUCCCGUGAAGUUACACUGUAGGACACAAGCUGUGAGAAAUCUGCAGUCUACUGUCCCUGUGUGUUGGCGUUCUUAGCUUUUUUGAUAAGCAAAUCCCUUGCUCUGACUGUAGCAAAACACGCCUGUGGUUCUGAGCAAAGGAAAGGAAACUGAUUUUAUUGCACUUUUAGUUUUUUGGGGUUUUGUUUUUGUUUUAUAAACAACAUGGCAGAUGCAUAUUGUGUCUGGUUAUAUUGGGGGGGGGUGCUUUUUUCUGUUUCAAGGGGGAUGGGCCAGCCAAGCCAUUCAGAUAAAAUGUGGGUCCAGAGGAUAUUCAUGAUGGAAAGAGUCUGAUUUGCAGCACUUGGAAGAGAAGAAGCCAAACUCUAUGUCAUCCUGAGUGAAUUCUCAGGUUGGCAAGGAAACAUACUUGAAUUUUCAUUCAUCUUCUCCGCUGCAGAGAAAAGUCCCCACCAGAUCCCCUUGACCUAAUCAGCCUAGAGCUUGAAAGCCCAGUUCCUGAACACUUGGGAUGAGCACCGAGCCAGACUGUGACCAACCAGAAGGCACCUCAUCUCAGAGAGGAAAUACUUAAUAACAACAACAAAGCAAAACUUCUGUUUCCUCCACUGCCAGGGACUUCCUACUAGAUAGCCAUGUGACUUUCUGUUGACUUGGAGGACAAAAUUAGUGACUAAACAGCCACCACCAUAUUGCCAGUAGUGGACAAAAGAGGGCAGCAAAUCUGCCUUCCAACUGCCAGAGAAGCCUCAGGAUGCAGCAUCUUAGGGCCAGGAAAAGAAAAUCAGUAUGUCAUGUCUGCCCCAAGACUGAGUUAGAGCAUCUAGGCUGGUCUGCCUUAGAAAUUAAGCCUGUAGUGAUCUUGGAGCCGGUCCAUAGCAGCAGGCUUAGAACUUGGUACAUGGGGCUGCAGUAAGCAGGGAAGGGAAGGUUGGUUGAUGCCGGGAAAUUCCAGAGAAAAGGAAACUGUAAUGAAAGGUCUAAAAUUCUAUCUUAACAAUUGAACAGAGACUCUUCCCAGAUAAUACGGCCAUAUAUUAGCAUGUUUUCCCCACUGCACUCUCUGCCCACCACCAUGGAUCCUCACUGGACAUACCACCAUGAAGCAUCACUGGUUGCAUAGUUAACAGUAUGGGGGUUACUCUUCUCAUGUUUUGUUUUCAUUUUAGUGGCAUUUCCAAACAGAGGCUUCUUACCCUAGUGUGGCAAGGAUUAUUCAUAUGGGCAAAGAGGUCUUGUAUCUGAGUAUAAAGAGCUACCCACAUAGGGCAGUGGCUAGUGACUUAGUGCAGCACAGAACUCUGCUGUAUAUGUAUGUAAAGGACUGGGGGAUGUCAGGGCUCUUUGUGGACAUGUAUCAGAAAUAGUAUCAAAUGAAGCAGAGUUUAUUCGCUUUGCCUGUUCUGUUGGACCUUGGCUAGGGAAUCUCUCUUCAUUGGCUUCAAACCUGCUCAGCAUUUGUAAAGAUUGCCACCAGUCCAUUUCUUUACAAGAAAUAUUUUUGUCCAUGAAACAGAGUAGCGGGGAAAAGUCAGGUCAAACCACUUCCCCAUGAGGAAUUUGAGUGUUAGGAUUUACUUCUUUUUCAUUAUGUAGUAGUUAAAGCUCAUCGCUGAAAUUUACAUAGUCCCUAGUUUGGCAUGUGGGCAACUCUGACUUCCCCCACAGAAACUUAAAAAUCCUCAUCCCAGGAAAUGGUGGCAAGGCCUAGAGCAUCCUGGCACUCUCUGUCCCACUAAGUGCCUCCCCAACCCUGCUUCCACAAUAAAGCAAAGGCCACGGUGACCAGCUUGGCUGCAGGGUAGGGUGCCCUGCAGCUGGGCCUAAGACUCCUUUUUUGUCUUAAAAUAUUUUUAUAGGCUAGCUCUUGAGGGGUUGAACCUGAGUGGUUUGUGGGAAUGGGGACGGGUCCUUCCUAAUGCACUGCUGGCACCCUCCAGCCCCCACAAAUCCCUUACUAGAUAUUUGGUUUUUAUAGCAAAGGUUCCUUUAACAUGCAGGGCGGUGGUGACCUUUCAAGGCCAUUGACACUCUUAAGGUGGUCCCAAAGCUGGGCAAUUCUCUUAAGAUCUUCCUUAAAAUUAAAACAUACUGAAUUCCCCAGAAACAAUCUGCUCAUCUGUUCCAGCUCCACUAGCACAUCAGGCUGCAUACACAUCCCUGUUUCUGUCGGUUGCCUGGCUGCAAGCUCAGCCAGAUCCCAGGGCACAGGCACUCCCUCCAUCUCCCCUCAUCUAAAUCCACUUGCUCUAUCUCAGUUACGACACCUGAGGACAGUUUUCUUUAGGACUGAUGCAUUUACUUCCCCUUAAAACUAACUCAUCUGUUCCAGGGACAGGGGCAUUUGAUAUUGUAAUAUUUGGAGUUUUAUUUCCUCAAGCUUUGCUGUCCUCAAGGCAUUGCAGCCUGAGCAGACUUGGGUAGAAGCAGGCCAGAGGUUACACCAAGGUGUAAAGUGUCCAAUCAUAGAAGUGGAUUUUCAGAGUUCUCACUCCAGACUGCCCACAAGGCUGCACUGAAUGUGCCAGCAGCUAGUGAGCAGUCAUGACUGCCUUAAUUAACAUUCUUCUAUUUUGGGUCUGUCUAGGAGCAAACAGGGUCUGUGAAGGUAUAUGUAAAUCAGGUGAGUAGGUAAGUCUCCAGUUAAAAUUCCCAUUUCCAUUGGAACAAGCUACAGGACAUAGCAAGGAUCCUAAAGUUUCUGAAAGUGUAAAUUUCCUUUUCCUUUUUAGUGAAGGAUGAGAACUCGGAAUCAGCCCAUGUCCAUUAGCCAGAUGGUGUCCAUCUUGUGUAAAGUAACUUCCAGUUUAGUUCAGAGGAAAAGUAUGCUGUAGUGCUUAUGUAGUGUUGAUGUCCAAUGUUAGCAACCACUUGUAAUGCCAGAAGUAUACAGCAAUGGUAAUGUUAUGUUAAAGUGGUUGCUAAGGAUCAUAGCCUUAAUUUAAAAAAUAAUGUAAAAGAUAAUCCAUUCCCCUCCAUGUUGAGCAAACAUGGCAGCAUUUCUCGAGAAGAACUUUCUCAGAAGCCUAGAAAGCAUUUCCUCCAAUAAUUUUGUCUCCCAAGCCCACAUGACUCAUGUGUCCCAGCCACCUCUUCCAUGCUCAUACUGAAACCAGUUUUCCAUUCCUGUUUAGUUGCCCUGGUAACGCUUUGUCCAGUGUCAGUCAUGCCAGGGCUUGGGUUUUUAAGACCAGGAGUUUGCAUGGUCAUACAACCAACAUUGCCUUUGCCAAGCCGCUGCCACCAUCCCCUCCACUGCCCCCAAGUGGGCAGGUUGAUUCCAGAGACCCUCAGGGAGCCAGGAUAAUUAGGUCCCCAUCUGGAUUGGCCAUGUGGGUGACAAGCACUUAUCACUGGGUUUCUUGAUUUUGCAGACUUCAAGGAAGUCCCAUGUAGAUGUUGAUGGCCAAUGACUCCAGCCUUCCCCAUAAUGGGUUGGUAGGACUCAGAUAAGAAUUCCUUUGUUUGUUGGGGGACUUUGUUUUAAGGGGUUAGUUUUUGAGUAUGAAAAAGAAGAGGCCACUGUGGUCCUUCUGUGAAUUUGUAGAGUUCUGAACAGUGUUUUCAUCACCAGUCUUGGGAGUCUGAUCCAAUAGCCAGUCUUAAGGGGUUUGUCCUACUCCUGUUGCAGGUAACUAAGUACAGAAGAAUAGAGUUCUUAUUGUAUCAAAAUAGUAAGUAGAUCCCUGAAUAUAGCUAAUAGUAGUUGACAUAUUUUCUCAAAAAAAACAACAACCAGGAAACCCACUCCAGUAUUUACAGAUCAGCUUAUCAAGGAAAAAAAAAAGUGAACGUGUACUCCAUAUAUCUCUAGUUGAAUUACCAAACUUGAUGUUAUAAAGAAACCUCGGUUGUAUAGACAGGAUAUCUAUCUCUCUAUAUCUCUAUCUCUCUCUCUCUCCUCCCUCUCCCCUUCCUCCCCCCCCCCCCAUCACAAUCACUUGUCUGGUGCCAUCACCACCUUUAAGGUCUCAGAGCAGAGGAUUAUCUGUGGUCAUAAGCCAGAGUGCAUUGCAGUCAUCCCAGCAAUGCACAGACGCCUGCCGUCCUGACUAACCCAAACCCACCUUCCAGGGUAGGUAAAACCUUUUGGUACCCUCUUCAGGAGCUCCAGACCAAAUCCUAGGCCAGCCCAUGCACCAAAGCCUUUAGAAGGCUUACCAAUCUGUUAGGAAUGUCUCAGGAAACAUGAGCCAUUUCUUGGGGGAUACAUGUAUUUACAGAUGGAUAUGUGUGCUCAUCUGUGUGUGUUUUACUCUCAUAGACAGCACAGGCUCCUGGGAACUGUGUGUUCCUCAGUGUUCUCAGAGACAGUGUGACAAGCGUGAAUUGCUCAGUUCAGUAAGCAGGCUGACUCUGGGAAGGAGCCCUGUUUAUCAAGCAGAGAACCACAGAAAAGACGAAACCAAAAAUGCUCCAACCCUCCAAUGGAAAGUAACGUUGAUGCAGCAAUUCCCAUUGGAUAGAUUACACUCUCUAAUUUAUUAUUUGUCUUUAAGUUUUACCCAUUGUACUCUUUAAAAGAUGUUGGGAUGUUGGUUGCAAUUUUUUUAAGUAGAUAAUGUAUAAAUCAGCUGUGGAAAUCAAUUUUAAUUCAUGUGUGGAUGUGUCUAGUUAUUGUUAAAUGCCUUUUUUUACUUUUUUUUAAGAUAAUGUUUCAUAAACCCUGGCACUGGUCAAAAAAAAAAAAAACGCAGCUGUGAAAAAUGAAACUUGUAGUAUUUUUUAAAUGAAUGUCAAUUUCAAGUAUAUUUGAAAUGUUUCCUCCAAUAGAGAGAUUUGGACACCAUUGGGGAAAACUCCUCUGCAGAGGAAAUAGCCUUUGGAGAAAAUGGAAUGUGGGUCUGGAUAUGUUAUCUCAGAGUAGCCCAUUUCAUAGGGCAUCAUGGACAACACAAAUGUGAUUUUAAGUAUACCUCUUCCCAGUUUGGGGAGGAAAGGACUCAGUUUGCACCCUUUUUGUAUGUAAAAUAAAAUGUCCUACCUUUCUUGGCUA